UGCAGGUAUUGUAGAGCUCCUUGUGAACUGCCGUUUGUGAAACUUUAAUACAUUUUCUUAUUCUUGAUUUGCGCAGUGUCCACUAUAUAAAUGUAUUUGGGCAACAAGCCAGGGUCACGCUCGAUCAGUUUAUAGAUUUCCCUUACCUAGCAGGAUUUCUUGUCAGCCAGUUCUGUGAGCUGUACAGCACGUUGUGUGCGCACUGUAUCCGAUACGCAGAAUUUUUGCGAAAUCGCUGACCACCAGCGCCUGCGCCCAGCCCACACAUUACCGAUGGAACUCGUAGCCCUCAUCUUCCUUUUCCUCGAUAUAUUUGCCAUUUCAUACAGCUCAGAAUACUGCAGCCAAUGGGAAGUCAUGGCUGAAAAUUCCCCGUUAGUUCACAAAGUUGUCGUCGUCGAUCUCAAGAAAUGGUAUAAUCGACCGAAGCGUAGCGAAGGUCCUCUAUGUUCAGCGUUCAUGAAAAAUGUGGUGUCUGUCGGUCACCGCCAUCUGUUGCACGUGUGCGCGGCGUAUUUACUGUGAAAUGCACGUAUGCGCGCUGGCCGUAUAUACUCAAGGCGAGUGCAAACGGUGGUGUCUGUCGGUCACCGCCAUCUAAUGCACAUAUGCGCGGUCUUUGCGCUGUCAAAUGCACGUAGGCGCGCUGGCCGUAUACACUCAUGCAAGGCGAGUGCAAACGGUGGUGUCUGUCGGUCACCGCCAUCUGGUGAACAUAUGCGCGGUAUUCCUACUAUUAAACUGCAUACAUACACGGUCACCCACCGCCAUCCAAUGCAUAUUUUUUACGGUCACCACAUACUGUGAAACGGACACAUGCACGGACCCAAUACUAUCAAAAACCAGAAAUGCUGGCUGGUCGUAUAUGCUAGGGCCGCGUGUAAAAUGCGGUGUCUGCUGGUCACCAUCUCUCUAUAUAAGGUGUCCAGAGGCGCGGUAGCCGUAUAAAAAUUCUGUGCUGCCUACUGGCGUUUAGAAGAAUGACAUAUUUAUCUCUUUGAUAAUUCAAGGUAAGCAUUAAUUUCUGUAUUCCUAUCUUAACACAACACAUACUUUGCAGUUUGCAUUGUGUUUGUCCAUCGGUCACCGCCACCCUACUUAAAAGGGCAAAAGGCGCAGUGUCCAUUUGUUCUCGAGGCUUGUGGCUACCGUAAAGUGGUUUUUCGGUAACCGAUACAACGGUACUCUCUUGCCUUUGCACUAUUUGCUGCUUAAAAUCAUUACCUUCUGAAUAAUGUAACCGCUCCACGAAACUGGGACACAAAGUCUGGAAGUCCGGAAAUAGUCAUAUACUCAUAGCUGCUUGGUUUGACUAGCGCACUGCCGGCAUGCCCAAGCUGCAUCCUGAUCUGACCGUAGGUAGUGCAAUUUCAUGGAGUGCCGCAGCAGUUUAACGUGCAAAUAAUCCUAAAAUCGCAUCUUACAGCUACUUCAUCUGGAAAAUAUUUUGGUAUUUCGCCGGAAAAGUAACCGCCAUCUAUUCGAAUGGCGACCGAGCAAAACAAACAAGAAACUGAAAAUUGAAGAAAAGAAAGAAAUUUGGAAUUUCCAUUAAAUAUUGUCCAGAAACACGUCUAGAGCCGGCCGGUUAGACCAUGCAUCCGCCGCCCCAGAAGGACGUUCAUCGUAACUGAGACCGUUAAUACGAGUACAUGUCCCUCCAAGUAGGCUUUAGUUUUGCACAAUGUUUUUCAAUAUGACCGGCAAAAAUAUCCAACUCAAAACUUUUGCCAUAUUCCGAGAACACCGGAAUAUUGAUCUGCCUGGAAGACCUCACCGGUCUCAUGGUUGUAAUCUACAGACACGUGCCCGCCGAAAGCGAGUGCACUUUCCUAGUAACAAUUGUUCGGCGCCCAUUGAACGGCAGACAACCGGAAGUAAGGAGCGGAAAGGCGAACGUCUGCUGAAACGCCUCAUCACACUAGCCACACGCCACGUGGUAUUGCGCUGGCCACUGGACUCUUGUCCACCGGAAGUGUCAUUUGUCAUAGACGAGCCCGACCGAAAUCCGGAUAUGUUCGACACCACCUAUCACUGCGACUACAGCGGUGAUCCGGUGGGUCUGGAAGACAUCAUAGAGAUUCUUCAGCGGCUGCAGAGCAGUUUUGGCAACACCAUCUUAGCGCUGACGGUGCAGAAUGUAAAGUUCUACACAAAUUACAUGCGCGUAGUUCCCCAUGGUUUUCCUACCGUGCAUUACGAGAAUGUCCAAAUUUACUGCCAUAUCGAACCCAGCAGCUCUGGACACGAUCCCAAGCCGAUUGUUUUUCGUAUUAAGAUCGAUCGGAAAACUCUCACGGGGAACGACCUUGAGCCGCUUAAGAAUUUACCUCCCUACGACAUCAGUUUUCGUUACUUUAAUCUUUUCUUGCCCGCGUUGUCGCCAGAGGAAGAAAGGUGCAUGGACAGAGUGCUGCAGUCACAUCAGAAAAUCUAUCCGUUUAUAAACUAUUGGAAUGGGUAUUUCGGUCGGCACUUGGAAUGGGAAAGUACUAUACCGGAAAUGCAACUAACCAUGGAUGAAAUGCACACUCAUCCCUUGUGGCAGCAGUAUCUUGCUCGCGACCUCUUGCAGUAUUAUCCCCUUGAAAAUAUCAGCGAGACUUCGGAAAAUGCGCUUUGCGGUCGCAGUGCAAUAAAAAGAGUGCUAGGACCAUUUAAGCGGAAGUAUACAGAGUGCUCUUACACGACUUGUAGUUUUGCGGAAGAAACGACGAGCGUGCCGCCACCGCUCUGGUGAUAUAUUAGGCAAAUAUUGCCGACGCUAUGGAAAGUGGAAACCUGUUUCUGAUGGGAGUUUCAGUCUUUUCUCGCUGACCAACGCAUUUUUUGCAGCUGAGGAUGCAAAACGUUUUAAAAAAUUUAUUUCGCUUUAUUUCAGCUUGUUUAUUAUACUGUAUGAUACUAAAUUGUUGUUGUAUGAUACGAAAUCAGAGAUUUGAAUGGAUUGAAUAGUAAAAACGAAAAAUCAAUGAACAACAUUCGCGCUU